AUUAUGAUCGUGCGUCAUUAAAGAUGCAUACAUUCAUGUGGGUAAUGCCUUCAUCUUGAUAGGUCAAAGUUGAUUCUUACCUUCAAGAACAUCAUCCUAUACGACCAUCUUUCAGGAAAUAAAUCACAACCUUCCCGCUUGCAUAUAAUCAUGACCAUUUCACUAACGGCUGUGGCCGCAUCCACCACACCAACAGUGAUCAAAACAUUCUUUAAGCAUUACAAAACACAAUGGACAAAAGAAAAGCAAGAUAGAUGGACAGAAGCAACGGACGAAUUAAUGUUUGAUGAAGCAUUUCAUAUCGUAAAACAAUUUAUCAAUAUUGCAACAACUGAUACCGUAGAAUCUCUUCAACGUUUCACAAACACUCAUGUUCCAGCACAGCCUGGUACAACUUCUUUACGGCUUUUAAUUCCGAUCGAUAGUUGUGAUGAAUCGGCCAAGCUGCUAAUCAAAUACUUCGGAGAUGAUGAUCUACGACACCUUGUCGGAGGAAGAUUAUGGUGGCAGGUGAGAGGAUUACGAGGUGUACAGGCAGAAUGGAUCGCUAUGAAACAAGAUUGGAAUCGAGCAACUUUGGUGGAGAAGCGAAUGGGUACAAAAGAGAGUGAAAAAGAACUACGCAAGAAAGCAAAACAAGCUCGUCUAAAUAAGCGACAUGAACGCAAACAUAGCUUUGGUAAACCGAUCCGAAAAAGUUUGGAUAAACGCAGAAGCAACAAAAGUAUACCAAAAGCAGAACAAAAUGGAAAAGCAAAAGAUGAAGAGAAAGACAAGGAUAAUGAACAGAAGGAAGACGAUCCAGACACAUUGGAUGAAGGUAUCAAUGAGCCAAUAGAGAGCUUCGAAGAGCUUGAUAGGCUGAAACGAGUCAUGUAUUACAUACACGGGGGCGGUUAUUAUUUCGGCAGUCUUUCCACUCACAGAUUGAUGAUAACAAGAUUCGCAAGAAAGUUUGGAGGUCGUGCUUUCGCUGUGAAUUAUCGUAAAGCUCCUCAAUACCCAUGGCCAUGCGCUGUUCAGGAUGUUUUGGCAGGAUAUCUUUAUCUCAUUAGACCACCUCCUGAAGCACGUCAUAAGGCUAUCGAUCCAAGUCAAAUUGUCGUGGCAGGUGAUAGUGCAGGAGGAGGAUUGUGUUUGGCAUUAUUGGGUAUUUUGCGCGAUUUGGAUCUUCCAAUGCCUGCUGGCGGUGUCUUGCUCAGCCCAUGGUGUGAUAUGACACACUCAUUCCCAUCUAUUUUGCAAAACACAGCCACGGAUAUCAUUCCAACCUACGGUUUCAUACAUAAGCCAAGCACACUUUGGCCUUUACCUGAUGAUCCGUUACCAGCUGAUGCUGAAGAUGCAGACCGACAGAGCAUACACAAUUCCCAAUCUGAACAUGCAACACCCAAGAAACGGAACAACAAAGAUAAGCUUCAGGGUAAUGAGGUGGCUUCUUUGGCCGAGUAUGGAAACGACAACGGGGAAGAUGCACCGCCCUCCCUUUCACAUCUGAAACAGAAGGAAUUUUCAGUGAUGAUGCAAGACAAUAAAGGCGAAGAAGUGCCGCUCAAAGUUACCCGACAGAUUCAACUCUAUGCAACCAACUCUCAAUUGUUCCAUCCGCUUUGCUCGCCAAUCCUUCAAGGUAGUUUGGGAGGCUUACCACCACUAUACAUCUUGGCAGGCGAUAGCGAAGUUUUGCGUGAUGAGAUUAUCUAUCUUGCCCACCGUGCUGCUCAUCCUGAAGCGUAUCCAUUACGAAAAGAUCUUUUGAAUGCCAACAAACGAGCACAACAAUCAGCAGAGAGAUUCAAUCAUAAACCAACAAAAGUACAUCUUCAGGUUUACGAUGGUCAACCUCACGUUUUGACUUUGUUCUCCUUCACAACGUCUGCUCGGUAUGCAUAUCGUGCGAUUGCAAGUUUUGUCAAGCACGUCACCGGUGCGCCAACCAAUGUGAUCAACCCAUUCCCAAACUUGUCCGAAGCUCCUAGUGGAAGAAGUGAUGUGCCGAGCAUACCUCCAGUUCAUGAGACUACAGUUGGAGAGCCAGAAUCGAUUGAUUCAACAUACGAAAGUAAGAAAUUGGCAAAGCUUGAUACGAAUCUGGAUUCUUCCCAAGAGAAUGGAGAUGCAAUUGCUGAUUCUCCUGCUCCAAUCUCAGGAUCCUCCAAAGAAAAGGAUAACUCGCUAACUCCUCCUACCAAUUCUACGGCGGGAAGUGAGUCAAAUGGAAAUCAAGCGACUCCUUUGAGCUCCAUCACACCAACGAAAUCCAAAGAAGGAUCCGAAAAGAUGAUCGCGAUUGAUGCACCUACCGAUAAACGUACACAACGUGAAAGGAGGAGAAGGAAUGUAACACUCGGCGCGGAGAAUGCAUAUGACGGUCAAGUACCUUUACGUAGACCAACGUUUGUGCAAGAGAUGAUUCGAGAAAGGGUUGAUAUUCGAGGAAAGAUUCGACCUUUAGAAGAAGCAGAAUUAUUACAAGCUUUGCAAAUGCAACAAGAUGAGAUUGGAGUGGUGAAAGAAGGAGCCGUUAAGCGAUACUUGACCGGACAGACCAAGUGGGAUGAUAAAUUCAAAAAAGAAGCAAAACGAGUCGCAAAGAGAAGAGCAAAGAAUGAAGAACGUGUCAAGAUGAUGUUAGAACAAGCAGCCAAAGAAGGAUUGUUGAAUGAACUACCUCAGAGUGCUUCUGCUGAGCAUCAUGAAGUCGCAGAAGGAGAUGACGAUCAGACUGAUGGUUGGGCAGAUCUGGUUCGUCUUGGACCUUUGGCUUUAAAAGGAGAAACACCACCCCCGAGCGCAAUUGCAGGUCGUCGUGAUACGGGUGAAUCUGUUGAACUUUUACGACAAGCAUUACAUAUGCGUGCCGAUCGUUUCAAAGCCAGUAUUGACACAAAAGCAAAAGCAAGUUUGGGAAGUACAAGUGUUGGAACACGAGAUCGUAGUAGAGUACAAUAUAGAACUCAUACAGGAGCUCAUUGGAAGCAAAGUGCAGCUGAAAGACAGGUAGAAGGAAAAGCCAGAUAUGGAUUGAGCGCAUGGUCAGGAGCGAUGUCAUUCUUUGGCCGAAAGAAACAAGAAGAUGCUGCAAAGCGUAAGAGAGCUAACGCUGCUCAAAAAGGCGAAGCCGUGACAAGGAAUGAAAGUGAAGGGGCAGAUAAUGAAUCAUGGGUGGAUUCAAAUACGGCCGAAGAACCGGCAAGUGGAGCAACCACCUCUGCUAAUACACUAAAUACUUAAUACAAAGAUUGCAAUGGACUUUAGAAUAGCGUACAUUUAAUGAUAUAUAUAUACCCUCA